GGAACGGUUCCCUGCAGCGCCCCCCGGGGUCCGCCUCCGCCCGCAGCUCCCCCCGCUCGGCACCGGCUUAGUUUUUUUUUGGUUUUUUUUUUUCUUCCCUUCUUCCCCCCCAUCACCACCACCCCCCAGCCCGGUAUUUCCGGCUGUUUUCCGCAUCGCUUCCGGGGGGAGCUGCCGGCGGGGCGAUGCUGGCGGCGGAGGCUGCAGGCUGCUCGGAGCAGCGCACCGGGGAGCGCUUCAGCGUGCUGACAUGGGAGCAGGUGCAGCGGUUGGACCAGAUCUUGGGCGAGACCGUCCCCAUCCACGGCCGAGGCAACUUCCCGACGCUGUCCGUGAAGCCCCGAACCAUCGUGCAGGUUGUCCGCAGUCGCCUGGAGAAGAAGGGGAUCGUGGUGCACAACGUGAGGCUGAACGGCUCGGCAGCCAGCCACGUGCUGCACCAGGACAGCGGGCUGGGCUACAAAGACCUCGACCUCAUCUUCGGGGUGGAUCUGAAGACGGAAGACGUCUUCCAGCAGGUGAAGGAUGUGGUGAUGGAUUGCCUCCUCGACUUCCUCCCCGAAGGGGUCAACAAAGACAAGAUCACCCCCAUGACCCUGAAGGAAGCCUAUGUGCAGAAGCUGGUGAAGGUGUGCAACGAAACCGACCGCUGGAGCCUCAUCUCGCUGUCCAACAACAGCGGGAAGAACGUGGAGCUCAAAUUCGUGGACUCUCUCAGGAGGCAGUUUGAGUUCAGCGUGGAUUCCUUUCAGAUCAUCCUGGAUUCCCUUCUGCUCUUCGGGGAGUGCUCGGAGAACCCCAUGGCUGAGAACUUCCACCCCACGGUCACCGGGGAGAGCAUGUAUGGGGACUUUGAGGAGGCCAUGGAGCACCUGAGGAGCAGAGUCAUCGCCACCCGGAACCCGGAGGAGAUCAGAGGCGGGGGGCUCCUGAAGUACUGCAACCUCCUGGUGAGGGGCUUCAAACCCAAAUCCGAGGUGGAUAUGAAGGCUCUGCAGCGUUACAUGUGCUCCAGGUUUUUCAUAGACUUUUCUGACAUCGGCGAGCAGCAGAGGAAGCUGGAGUGCUACCUGCAGAGCCACUUCGUGGGCAUGGAGGACAAACGUUAUGACUAUCUGAUGACCCUCCACCGGGUGGUCAAUGAGAGCACGGUCUGCCUCAUGGGACACGAGCGGAGGCAGACCCUGAACCUCAUUGCCACGCUGGCCGUGAGGGUCCUGGCCGAGCAGAACAUCCUCCCCACGGUCACAAAUGUCACCUGCUAUUACCAGCCAGCCCCUUACAUCAGUGAGAUCAACGUCAACUACUACGUGACCCACGUGCAGCCCUUCCUGCCCUGCAACCAAUCCUACCCGACGUGGCUGCCCUGUAACUGAGCUGGGAUGAACUUCGGGGGCUGCCCUCGAGGUAUUCCCUCAUUUUGGGGAGCCAGGAGCGGGGGCGACCUUCCUAGGACUGCAACAAAAGCAAACUUCACUCUCUCCCCCCAGCGUGUGUUGCUGCUGGGGUGGUCAGAGCCAGGCCUGCAGGCUGUGAUGGGCCGCGCAGCGCUGCAGGAGCUCAGAUGGGAAGAUUUAUUGUAGGCAAUGGGGGGUGGGGGGGUGUGAGGGGAGAUUGUAGAGUUCCGGUGAGGUAGAUCUGCACUGCCCUGACAUGGAUCUGAAUCUUUUUUCCUUUUUUUUUCUUUUUUUUUUUUUUAGUGCAGGGGGUGUUAUGGGGUGUGUGCAGACUUGUGGUUUCUGAUGAGAGAAGCCAGAGUGGCUAAUUCCUGUGAACGGACCAAAGAAUCCUGUUUAAGUGCCUGUAACAAUAUAAACACAACUGUACUGUAAA